AUGGAACGACCCUCCAAGCGACUGCGCGUCACUCAGGACGUGACGGAUGACCCGCCAACCCAGCCAUCCAGCCUUCAUCGUGCCAUCAGCCCCCCAGCCAGGAGGAAAUUCAAGGCGGCCACGACCCCGUCUCCAUUUCAGCUGACGCACAUUCGCGAUCUACCCACUUCAUCGAAUGCAGAUGCCGUCACCUUGAAGGACCUGCUCGGUGACCCGCUCAUCUCAGAAUGCUGGGAGUUCAACUUUCUUCACGACAUUCCCUUCCUCAUGAGCCACUUUGACGAAGACACAAGGGACCUUGUCAAAGUGCACGUCGUCCAUGGAUUCUGGAAACGAGAGGAUGGGAACCGCGUGGCUCUGCAAGAAGAGGCUGCAGCCUGGAAGAACGUUGAGCUCCACACCGCUCCCAUGCCCGAGAUGUUCGGCACGCACCACACCAAAAUGAUGAUUCUCUUUCGCCACGACGAUACCGCCCAGGUCAUCAUCCACACUGCCAAUAUGAUCGCCAAGGACUGGACCAACAUGACCAAUGGCGUCUGGCGGUCACCGCUUCUGCCGCUGGGGCCCCAGCCCAAUGGCGGAAAGUUGGAAGAUGGAGAGGUAUAUGAAGCAAACGAGGACUUUGGAUCGGGGCGCAAGUUUAAGUCCGAUUUGCUGAGAUACCUGCGCGCCUACGAUGCCAGGAAGAUCACGCUGAGACUGCUAACGGAGCAACUGGCCAGGUAUGAUUUCGCGGGCGUACGUGCUGUGCUUAUCGCUAGCGUUCCAGGAAGGCAUGCUAUACACGACACAUCGCAGACGGCAUGGGGGUGGCCGGCGCUCAAGCGGGCCCUUCGCCGCGUGCCGGUUCAAACGGGAAAGUCAGAGAUAGUUGUGCAGAUCUCGUCCAUAGCUACCCUCGGUGGGACGGAUUCCUGGCUGCAAAAGUGUUUGUUCGACUCGCUUUCGCUGUCAAAAGGGUCGUCCAUCGGUCCGAGACCAGCCUUCAAGGUGGUCUUCCCAACCGCUGACGAAAUCAGGAGGAGCCUCGACGGCUAUGCGUCUGGUGGAUCGAUACACACGAAGAUUGCAUCUCCACAGCAGGCUAAGCAGCUCGCAUAUUUGAAAUCAAUCUUUUGCCACUGGGCGAACGAUGCGCCGGGCGGGAAAGAACUCAGCAAAGACACGCUCCUGCGGGAUGCCGGGCGUCAGCGAGCAGCACCACAUAUCAAGACAUAUAUUCGCUACGGGACGCAGUCAAUUGACUGGGCUCUCUUGACGUCAGCGAAUCUGUCUAAACAGGCAUGGGGCGAGGCGGCCAGCGCAGCGCAGGAGGUCCGAAUUGCCUCCUGGGAGGCUGGUGUCUUAGUCUGGCCAUCACUAGUUACAGGGACGGACGAGGCCACCAUGGUGGGGACAUUCAAGACAGAUGCGCCGGGUGAAGAAGCGCCUUCUAGUGCGCCAUCUAGUACUGGAAAUGUAGUAGGCCUACGCAUGCCAUACAGUUUGCCGCUCCAGCUGUAUGGAAAGGACGAGAUACCUUGGGUGCUUCGAAUGAGCAUACCGAAACCAGACUGGGCGGGACGCGUGUGCCUCAGAGAGUAA